CUCCGGCCCGGCUCAGACGCGCUGCCCGCGCCCGGGCGAACCCCGCAUGGCAAAGCAGAGCCCCGGGGAGCCCGAGGGCCGCAAGAAGGGCAAGAGGAGGAAGAGGAAGAAGGGGAAGGCCGAGCAUGGCGGCGGGGAAGGGGCAGCGAGGCAGAAGGGCCCCGGCCUGGCGGCAGCUCCCCCCCGCAGCCCCGGGGAGUUCUCCUCCAACUGGAAGGCGCUGCAGGAGCUCCUGAAACAAAAGACAAACAGCUCCAAAGAUUCUCUCUCCACUUGUCAAACACACACCAAAAAGAAGCAACCCCUCAAAGCAGGAAACAGCCAAGAAGUCCCAGCUACCAAUGGGAAGGUGAAGGCCAAACCCUCACAGGAAAUGGACAAGGCUUCUGGUAAGGAAAACCCUCCUUUGGCUAAGCCAGAAGCCAAGAAGGUUGCAAUGGAGAAGAAUUUAAAUGGUACCAAGAGGGAGGGGAAAGGCUGCAAGGAGAAGCAAAAUGGCAGUGUUGUAAAGGGGAAGGAAACGAAGCAAAACGGCAACGUGGCAAAAGAGAACGGAAAGAAGCAAAGUGACAACACUGUGAAGGAGAAAGAGGACAUAAAACAUAAGAGGAGGAAAGCUGAAGAACCUGUGGAGCAGCCACCCAAAGAGGCUGAAAUCUGGUUUGAUGAUGUUGACCCAAAAGAUAUUGAGGCAGCAAUAGGACCUGAAGCAGCAAAAAUUGCUAGAAGAAACCUGGGACUGGAAACAGGGCAAACCCAACAGUCUGUGGAGCAAGUGCUGGUCAAGGAAAAGGCUUUUGAAGGGCUGACUCGAGCUGUGGCCAUGGACUGUGAGAUGGUGGGGGUGGGCCCCAAGGGGGAGGACAGCAUUGUGGCUCGUGUCUCCCUCGUCAACCAGUUUGGGAAGUGCAUCUAUGACAAAUAUGUGAAGCCCACAGAGGAGGUCACUGACUACAGAACAGCUGUCAGUGGCAUACGCCCCCAGAACAUCAAAGCAGGUGAAGACUUUAAAACAGUUCAGAAGGAGGUUGCCAACAUCCUGGCUGGGAGGAUUUUAGUUGGCCAUGCCCUGCGCAACGACCUGAAGGUGCUGUUUCUUGAUCACCCCCAGAAGAUGAUCCGUGACACACAGAGGUACAAACCCUUCAAACAGAGAGUCAAGAGCUCCAGGCCCUCGCUGAAGCUGCUCUGCGAGAAGCUGCUGAACGUUCGGGUGCAGACCUCGGAGCACUGCUCGAUUCAGGAUGCACAAGCAGCUAUGAGGCUCUACACCCUGGAGAAAAAGAGAUGGGAAGCUGCUCUCAAGAACAAACCUACCAACAAGAAAACUAAACCCUGAAGGCUUCCCACCUCCAGCAUUUGCUGGGUGCCUGUCACAUUCCAAGGCACACUCAGAGACAGCUCAGAACUGACAGCAGCUGCUUGAGGGAAUCAGUCACCAGGUAAUGCUUCUGACCUGCCAGGUGAAUGGUGCCACAGGAGGAGGCUGCCAGUGCCCCCUCUCUGGGUGGUGCCUACCACCUAAUCCCUGCUGCUGUGCUUGAACAACACCUGCCACAAAACCCUGCAUUUGGGAAGUGCUUCAGGGGACUCCCUGCAGAGGAAGCAGACUGCAAAAGGGUUGUUCCAGUACAGCAGAUGGAAGGGAAAAACCCUGCCAAGACUCAAA